AUGAGAUUCGGGAGAGAGUUUGCGUCUAAGAUGAUCUCAGAGUGGCAAGAAGCUUACAUAGAUUACCCUUACCUCAAAACCAUCCUUCAAGACAUCCAAGCAAACCGGAAAUUUUCAGUUUCCAACAAUCAGACAAAACCUUCCUUCGCACGCAACCUAACUAGACGCUACACCCGCAACGCCUCUGUCUCUGAGAAUCACGUCAUUAUUUUCAACACUGUCACUCAUGCCGACUACGAGCACGAUGUGACUUACGAGACGGCGUUUUUGAAGGCAGGAGAGCCAGGUGGAGACUCUGAGGCUGCCUUCUUUAGAACCCUAGAUCGAGAGUUCAACAAGGUGAAUAGCUUCUACAGGUUGAAAGUGGAGAAAGCCAGGAACGAGUCUUUGGCUCUGAGUAAACAGAUGGAUGCUUUGGUUGUGUUCAGACACAGAGUUAAGGAGAAGAAACAGUCUCCCUCUGAUUCUGUCUCAGUAGACAUCAACACCUUGUCUAAACAUAAAGUGACAUUAGGUGAUCUAAUGAAGAACGAGGAAGCAGCCAGUGAGAGUAUUCUUGAGGGUAUCAGGAUGAACAGAACACUGGAAACUCCACUCUCCACUAUUAAAACCAUCCUCAAGGUUAAUAAGCAAGAGGAAGAGCUCAAGUUCACAAGAGAGAAUCUCAAGAAAGUUGAGGAGAGACUUCAGAGAGCGUUCAUUGAGUUUUAUCAGAAACUUGGACAUGUUAAGAACUAUAGCUUCUUGAACACGUCAGCGGUUUCCAAGAUCAUGAAGAAGUAUGAUAAGAUAACUGCAAGAAAUGCUGCAAAGCAGUACAUGGAAAUGGUGGAUAGCUCUUACCUAACUAGCUCUGAUGAAAUUCACAAGCUGAUGGUAAGAGUUGAAUCAACUUUCAUUCAACAUUUCUGCAAUUCAAACCGGAGACUAGGGAUGAACCUCUUAAGACCAAAAGAGAACAAAGAAUGUCAUGGAAUCACAUUUUCCACCGGCUUCUUCUUUGGCUGUGUUAUUUCUCUCAUAACAGCUCUUGCUCUGAUCAUCCAUGCCCGGAAUAUCAUGGGAACACCAGGACAAAGAACAUACAUGGAAACAAUGUUCCCUCUUUACAGGUUCUUUGGGUUUGUAGUCUUGCAUGUUGUUAUGUACGCUGCUAAUAUCUACUUCUGGAGGAGAUACCGUGUGAAUUACUCUUUCAUAUUUGGAUUCAAACAAGGCACUGAACUUGGUUAUAGACAUGUUCUACUUCUAAGCUUUGGUCUUGGUACACUUUCUUUGUGUGCUGUCUUGUUGAACCUUGAUAUGGAAAUGGAUUCUCAAACAAAAGAUUACAGAAUAGUCACUGAACUUAUUCCUCUCUUCCUCCUCGCUCUAGUGAUUGCCAUUACUCUUUGCCCCUUAAACAUUCUCUAUCGGUCAAGCCGAUUCUUCUUCCUCACGGUUCUGUUCCGCUGCAUCGCUGCACCGUUUUACACGGUGAAUCUUCCAGACUUUUUCUUAGCAGAUCAACUAACAAGCCAGGUUCAAGCACUGAGGAGUCUAGAGUUCUACAUAUGCUACUAUGGAUUUGGAGAUUUCAGACAAAGACAACGAAACACAUGCAGAUCAAACAAUGUUUUCACAACAUUCUACUUCAUUGUAGCUGUUAUACCUUACUGGUUACGGUUUCUUCAGUGCAUCAGAAGAAUAAUUGAGGAAAAAGAUCUGAGUCAUGGAUACAAUGCCAUCAAGUAUCUCUUGACCAUCGUUGCUGCUUGUCUCAGAACAGCAUAUACUCUUAACAGAGGAACCACCUGGAACAUCACAGCUUGGGUUUUCUCAGGAGUUGCAACGCUUUACGCAACUUACUGGGACAUUGUUAUUGACUGGGGGUUGCUUCAAAGAGGAUGUAAGAACGGUUUCUUGAGAGACAAGCUUCUUGUUCCUCACAAAUCCGUGUACUACACUGCAAUGGUGUUGAAUGUUUUGUUGAGGUUAGUGUGGUUGCAAACAGUUUUGGAUUUGAAAUUCUCUUUCUUACAUAGAGAAACUCUUGUGGCGCUUCUGGCUUGCCUUGAGAUCAUACGCAGAGGUAUAUGGAACUUCUUCAGGCUGGAGAAUGAGCAUUUAAACAAUGUUGGGAAGUUCAGGGCGUUCAAAUCUGUUCCAUUACCAUUCAACUACCAAGAAGAUAGAGAUCAAGACAAUUAG